AUGGCAGAGACGGUGAUCCGAAAAGCUUGCGAUCGCUGUCACGCUCAGAAACUCAGCUGCAAACGAUACAACGACGAAGCCUGCGAGCGCUGUGUCAGGCUCAAGACCGAGUGCAAAUCGAGUCCUUCGUUGCGAUAUAGGAAGAAUCAGCAGCAACUGAUAGAGAGUCAGCAACAGGGUCUGGGCAACGUCAAUUCUGGGAAUAACAGUAACAGUGUUGGAAACUCUUCAUUGUCGACUUCAACUGGACGCCGCUCUCCGAAACGACGACGGACCGACAGUCAGGACGAUCCGAGUCUUGUCUCACCCGACACGGAAGCAGUGCCAAUAGUACCCCAUACAGACAGCCUGACGUCUAAGAGUCAUGUCCCUGUCUCACCUGAUCCCGUCGAUACCAAUACCGACUUUGCCUUCACUUUCGACCAACAGCUUGCUUUCUAUACAAACAAUCCUCAGUAUUUAUCUCAUCCCGAGUUCCCUCCUCCUCCUCCUCCUGUCUAUUGGGAUCCUUCAUCAACUACUUCUACCCUCUAUCAUCAACCUGAAGAAGUAGGUUCUUAUCAAGUUGCACCAGAGGGUGACCAGUCUGUGCCCCUGACCAGUGCAGGUCAAAGUUGUGCACCUGAACACAGCAUCUCCUCUGACAAGCGCGCGUCACAGCCUCAGCGACGCAAGCAAAGGUCUAGACCGAGGCAGAUCACUCUCCGACACGACGCUGACCUCUCGCCGCUGCAGCAGCCCGAGGCUCCCCCGAUUCACUGGAUGGCGCAGUUGUCCGACAUCAACGCCAGGCUCCUGGACCUCGCGUCCGCUUUACCUUCUCCUCAGAACGGGCCCUUCUUGGGACGUCCUGUUGAUGAGAGGUUCAGGAGUCAGGGGUUUCCCAUCGAGGAUAUGUUCAAGCUUACGCGACGAGUCGCUGAUAUCCUCGAGAGACCUCCGUCUACCAACGAGGGUAACAAGAUGCAUCACUCCACCAUCGAUGGAAGUGAUCCUGGCAACGCCAUGCUCAUAUUAUCAACAUACGUUCGCCUCUUGGACAUGUAUCAACGAGUGUUUACCCUCGUGCACACCGAACUUUUAUCCCAAACCAACUCAACCACAACGUUCAGUUUCUGGAAACUGCCCGCCGUGACGGUCGGUUCGUUCGCCGUCGAGUCAUCCCCCUAUCUGCAGAUGUCUCUCACGAUCCAACUGGCAGAAGAGUUUUUAUCUCGUCUGCGAGUCCCGGACUCUACAGAUACGUUCAGGGGCAUUAACUCAAACUACACAUGCGAUUCCCCAAACUCCCAUCGUUCCGAUGGUAAUCUCUUUACUCCCGUCUACAAAUUCCAUUAUUCUCUCCCAAGUGGCAAACUCUUCAUCGUGAGAGCCCAGUUGAUGCCCAACGGACCCAGAGAUCUGGAACCGACGAGUAUCAGCUCUUCCAAGACAGGAAUGUGA